GAUGGAUGAUGAUGCUACUCUAAUUGGACCACCGCAGAUAGCCAACCCUAAAACAAAAAAGUUGGGAGACACAGCCAGCCAUCUGUGCCUUCUUUCUCACAUCGCCACUCAUAAUUUUCUUCUCUGUAAAACCCUAUCGAUUUUUUUUCAACAUUCACAAUGAAGCGUUUUUGGAGAUUCACUUCAGAAGCAUCGCAAUCUUCCAGAUUCAACGAAAUUCGUUCGAUUCCAAUAACCACCACCACCACAUUCAUCAAACGACGGAUCAAUACCCUUCAACAGCCGCCAAGCGCGGUCUUAGACCUUGUUUCAUUGUUCAAAUCUUCUAUUCCUCCACGCAAAAAGCAGCAUCUCACCGAUGCUGAAAUCGCGCUUUUGAGGAAUAAAUUGGUUCGUCAAGCUUCUGAUUCUGUUCAGCUAACAACCAUUUUGGAUGAUAAUGCUGAAUCUUUGAUUUCCUCUCACCCUGUUUUUCUUGAACUUUUGAAUCAAUUGAAUUCACAGCCUUCCCUUUUACUUAAGGUGUUUAAUUGGAGAAGGAAGAGAAAGGUUUCUGAAUAUGAAACUUUCAGGAAUUCUAUGGAUGCACACGAGUAUUCCAAGGGUAUUAAAGCAGCAGGAAGAUCUAGGAAUAUUGAUCUUGCUGUUGAGCUAUUUAAGGAGGCGGAAUAUAAGGGUGUUAAGAUAACCAGCACUUACAAUGCACUAAUGGGUGCUUUUAUGUUCAACGGUCUUGCUGAUAGAUGCUACUCUUUGUUUCUUGGCAUGAAAAAGGAUCCAACUUGCACUCCUAACAAUGUUACGUAUAGUAUUGUUAUAUCUGUAUUUGGUCGCUUGAUGCUCAUUGAUCACAUGGAAGCAACAUUCAAGGAGAUGAGGGAGUUACACCUCUCACCUAAUAUAUCCACUUAUAAUUAUUUAAUUGGUGGAUAUAUCUCAACCUGGAUGUGGGAUGAUAUGGAAAAAGUUUUUCAAGUGUUAAAGUCAGGCCCUGUUGAGCCUAAUAUGAAAACCUACCUCUUAAUGAUUCGUGGGUAUGCACACUGUGGUAAUCUGGAGAAGAUGGAAGAGAUAUAUUUGUUGAUAAGGGAUCAUGUAAAUGAAAAUGAAAUGCCGAUUAUCAGGGUUAUGAUAUGUGCCUAUUGUAAAAGUUCUGAUGAAGAUAAAAUAAAGAAAGUAAGGGUGUUGUUAAAGUUGAUCCCUGAAAAAGAAUACAGGCCAUGGUUAAAUGUGUUGUUGAUUAAGUUGUAUGCCCAGGAAAACAGGUUAGAUGAAAUGGAGAAUGCAAUAAAUGAGGCGUUUGAGCACAAAACUGCUAUAACAACUUCGGGUAUUAUGAAGUGCAUAAUUACAGCUUAUUUUCGGUGUAAUGCAAUACAAAAUCUUGAAACUUUCGUUAGACGAUCUAUAUUUGCGGGGUGGAGAAUCUGCCACUCGUUAUUUCAUUGUAAGCUGGUCAUGUAUGGUUCGCAGAAGAACUUUAGGGAAAUGCAAUAUGUCCUUGAGGAGAUGGAAAAUAUCAAUGUGAAUUGCAACAAGAAAACACUGUGGAUAAUGUACAAAGCUUACUCGAGUACUGGUCAGAGAUCCAUGGUUUUAAAAAUAUUGGGAAGAAUGUUCAAGCAUGGUUACGAGAUUCCCGAUCAUGCAUUUCCAUCAUGAUUUAUAUUGCUGAGGUGCAUCACAUAUGCCACUACCAUAGCUAUAAAUACAUUCAGCAGGUUAACGUGAAGAUGUUCAUUGCAUUUGGCAUAAACUGAAUUUGUCUACAGUUUUAGGCAAAAGAAACAAAGCUCAUUGAAUAUAUUUGAUGAAUUGAUUGCAUUCAAGGAAAUUCUGUAACUAUGGUUAUGGUUGUACAUGGCCUUUCUAUUACAUUUUUGUUUGAAAAUAUACUUCUUCAGCGGGUUUCCAUUUCAAAUAAUCUGAAGGUAAUGGUGCAAGAAUCAGUAAUGAUGGGUGGGAGUCUCGGCACUGAAGAAGCUCUUGCUCUUGAGACUGUUGUCAGUGUUAAGGUGAUUGAUACUUGAAACCAUGGCCUUAUUGUAGCCGGUGAUGGUUUAUGGGAUGUGAUAAGUGAUACCAAAUGAAGAAGCGUGUGGCAUUUCUCGAAAACGAAUCCUUCUUUGGCAUAAGAAGAACGGCAGGAACAAAGCAAUGCAGUUGGAACUGCUGCUCAGUACGCGUAUCUAUCAAAACUUGCACUUCAAAGGGGAAGCGAAUACAAAUUAUACAAUAUUUUUUAUUGUUAGACUUAAAAAGGCAAUUCAAGAGAAACACAUAACACUCAUCAUUAGGAAUAUUUACAGAUAUACUACAAUUUUGUUCAAGUAUUUCUCAAUUGGUAGCAUCUUCAUUUAGCACAAGAGUUUUUCAUCUGUGCUAAUUCAUUUUGUAUAUACUUAAUUUACAGUGUAUUGGGAGAGCUGCCCAGUUCAGAGUGUCAAAUCAUUUUUUAAUGAUGUCAAUUUUUUAUGUUA